CCUCCACCGGCCGCGGGCGGACAAACGCCUCGCUGCUCAGCCUACGUACCGCCCGCCACAAUACACCUCAUGUACUCGUACCUCACUCUACCAAGUGCCCCAAACUUGACGGUACUUCGCGCGCCGCUCGCUCGACGCCCCGCGCCCUUCGCCUGUGCCUACCUGGUAUGUCGCGACGUGAAGCGAGGUUGGGUGCAGAGGUAUGAGUACAUAUGGUCCCUAGCUGGGCCAUGGUAAAGCGCAUUCUAGAGUGCUGCCUUCCCUAUAUGAGCCACGACGCUGCCCGCGCCGCUUGUCCGCCCACCUCCUCUCCUCUCGCCAUUGUCCAUACAAAACUCCCCUCGGCGUGAGCACGAGCGAUUGACUCUAGGCCCUUCCUUGUCCAACACGGGGCUGCCCUCGCAACCCUCGCCUCGCGUGAUCCUCUUUCAUCUCUCCAAAGCCCUUGGAUAUCGCCGUGACGUCUCUUCAGCUCCCGUGUCCCCUCCAGUGCCUGCAUCCCCGUCUUCGUCAUGGCCCCAGGAACGGACCAGCAGCACCACCAGCAGCAGUCGCAGCCGCAGCCGGAGCAGCACCAGGCUGCCGCCCCAGAUGCACCCUUGGUCAUGAACGAGUCACCUGUCUCUGGCUCCUCCAAGCAGGACCGCCGGAUGAGCGAUGAGUGGGAUGCGUCGAAAGUGCCCCCGAGUCGUUUCCAGAAGCGCAAAGGGUCCAUAUACGCCACCCCCAACUCCCGCGACGGCCACAUAGACAGGAACUAUGCCGAGAAAUACCAUGCCAAGAUUGCCGAGAUGAAGGGCGGCAAGUGAGCAUGUUGAGCACGGCCGGCGUAGGCGGCUGGCAGACAGCAAGUCAGCAGGCAGCACGCUCGCCGAAUGGAACAUCUGGGUUGCCAAGAGGAUUGGUUACGGUACAUUGUCUUAUCUGGUAUCAUUUAUUGACUUAUGCCACUUACUCUCUGUCAUUUCUUUCAUGGCCGACCCAGUCACUCGACUCCCCACCUAUCCAACGAUACGGUGACUUGUAGCGCCUGUAUCGUGCCAAUACCUUGUCCUGUCGAGGGCCAUCCGUGGUUGAUGUGACGGAUAAUAGAUGGCUAUUC